UAAAAGCUCAUGACCCACUUUCUCCGCCGGGAAUUUGACCCACCCCACACCGCACCUACCACCACCUCCUCCGCCGCCGUUCGGGUCACCCAACGGAGAUCCCUCUUUCUUUUCCUAAACCUAUUAAGAACACGAAAAGGAAACUUAUUUCUCCCUCUUCAAAUUCUAUUAACUUAUAGAAACAUUGACAAAACCUAAAAAGUUGACAUCUUUCUUCUCUAAAAUCUAAUUCCAUGUCUCAGAUAUGUCCCUUUCUGAUCGUAAGUUUGAUUUUAUUGCUCUGCCAUAAUGCGGCGUCGUUUCCUUCAGGAUCGCGAUCGGUCCUUAGAGAAAUAAGCAAAGACAGUACUGUCAAGCCAGAUUACGCGGUUGAUCUAAACAUCUCGAAUUUCGAUGCUGUUCUUAGAGACACUCCUGCUACUUUUGCGGUUGUUGAAUUCUUUGCUCACUGGUGCCCUGCUUGCCGAAAUUAUAAGCCCCAUUAUGAAAAAGUUGCUAGGCUUUUCAAUGGACCUGAUGCAGUGCAUCCAGGUGUUGUAUUGAUGACAAGGGUUGAUUGUGCAGAGAAGAUAAAUAAUAAACUUUGUGAUAAAUUUUCUGUGAGUCACUACCCUAUGUUAUUCUGGGGUCCACCUUCCAAGUUUGUAUCUGGUGGUUGGGAACCUAAAGAAGAGAAAAGUGAAAUACGGGUAAUUGAUGAUGGACGGACAGCUGAACGAUUGCUUAAUUGGAUUAAUAAGCAGUUAGGCAGUUCAUACGGUUUGGAUGAUGAGAAGUUUGAAAAUGAGCUACUUCCAUCAAAUAUAUCAGACCCUGGACAGAUUGCACGUGCUGUGUAUGAUGUUGAGGAGGCAACAACGGUUGCCUUCGAAAUUAUUUUUGAACACAAGAUGAUUAAAUCAGAAACUCGGGCUUCACUUAUUAAAUUUCUUCAGCUUUUAGUGGCACAUCAUCCUUCGAAGAGGUGCCGAAAGGGAAGUGCAGAAAUGCUGGUAAAUUUUGAUGAUGUGUGUCCACCGGGUGGCAAGGAGGAAGUUGUCAGUAAUGGCAAAGGUGUAUUGAGCAGUUUUCAGAUUUGUGGGAAAGAAGUUCCUCGGGGAUACUGGAUGUUUUGCCGUGGCAGCAAGAAUGAUACUAGGGGCUUUAGCUGUGGAUUAUGGGUUCUUCUGCAUUCAUUAUCUGUGAGAAUCGAGAACGGAGAGAGCCAGUUUGCCUUCACAGCUAUAUGUGAUUUUGUCCACAACUUCUUCAUUUGUGAGGAGUGCCGGCAACAUUUCUUUCAAAUGUGUUCAAGUGUUCGUACUCCUUUCAACACAUCUCGUGACUUUGCCCUAUGGUUGUGGAGUGCACAUAACAAAGUAAAUGCAAGACUAAUGAAGGAAGAAGCAUCUCUUGAAACUGGUGACCCCAAGUUUCCAAAGAUUAUUUGGCCUCCAAAACAGCUAUGUUCUUUGUGUUAUCACUCUCAUCACCGGAAAGAAGAUGGGACCAAUGAGAUUGACUGGGACAAGGAUGAGGUCUAUAGGUUCUUGACUAAUUAUUAUGGAAAAACCCUUGUAUCACUUUACAAAGACAAGGGCCUUCUGGGGAGUGAAGUAACUGAUGGGGCUAUUGAGGAGUUGGUGGCUUCAACAAGUGCAGUUGUUGUGCCUGUGGGGGCUGCAUUGGCAAUUGCUCUGGCUAGCUGUGCAUUUGGAGCACUUGCUUGUUACUGGCGUUCACAGCAGAAGAGUCGGAAGUAUUACCACCAACUACACUCUUUAAAGAACAUAUGAUAUUUAGGAGGGCAGUUUGCUUUUUCAAAAAUUAUUAACUAUAACAGCAAAAGGAAAGAACACAAGAAAAAAAAAAAGAAAAGAAGAAAAAACAAGAGAGAAAAGGAAGGAAAUUGAGUGAGAUAUUUUAAUAGUUAGGAGGUAAAUUUUCUUAUUUCUUUUCAUUCCCCAAUAUUUCAGGCCAAGGAGGAAGCCGGAACUAAGGUAGUUAGGAGGACCAAAUCAUUCACUGCCAUUAAGCUGCCCAGUCGGGUGAAUCAAUUCUGAUAGGAAUCGAGAUUACAAACUUAGGAGCUUGCAUAGGCCUUUCUCUGAGGUCCUCUUCUGUACCCUUUUGUCAAAAUUUUCCUUCUCAAUGUAUGCUUUGGAUUGUACAGAUUUCAGAAUCAUAUUCAUUAUUUUGGAAGAGAAUUACCUUUCUUUUUUUGUU